GUCGUUCUUACAUAUAAGCCCCGCCCUCAAAUGCUCGAACAUGGCUGGACUGAUCUGAAAUCGUCAGACCUGCUCUAGGAGAAGACCGUGUUUGUUGACACUCGUCCAGGGGGUCAAAGUUCAGUGUUAGGCAUUUGAAGAUGGCCCUGAUGAGAUUUCUCCAGACCCCAGGUCUCCGUGGGGCCCUGUGCUACACCGGUACCAGGACGCUAUCUUCAGGAACCCUUCAUAUCAAAGAUCCACUGAACUUCUGGUGUGGAGGCCGGGUCAAUCUCAAAGAUGUGAAAACCAAAUCCGAACCAGUAUAUGAGCCUGCAACAGGUCGUGUCCUGUGCCAGCUGCAAGCUUGUGGUGCCGCAGAUGUGGAUGCAGCUAUUGGGAGCGCCAGUGCUGCUUUUAAAGUGUGGAGUAAACUGGCCGGCAUGGAAAGAGCAAGAGUCAUGCUAGAAGCUGCUAGACUCAUUGAGAAAAGAAGAGAGGAGAUUGCUGAGAUAGAGGUUGUCAACAAUGGCAAGUCCAUCACAGAAGCCCGUUUAGAUGUGGACUCAGCCAGACUGUGCAUUGAGUAUUUUGCAGGACAAGCCACCACACUUUCAGGUCAGCAUGUUCAGCUACCAGGAGGUUCGUUUGCCUACACACGUCGGGAGCCACUAGGUGUGUGUGUGGGAAUAGGAGCCUGGAACUACCCCUUUCAGAUUGCAGCCUGGAAAUCUGCUCCAGCCAUCGCUUGUGGCAACUCUAUGGUGUUCAAGCCGUCACCGGUGACCCCUGUGACGGCAGUGCUGCUGGCUGAGAUUUAUUCACAGGCUGGGGCUCCUGAGGGCCUUUUCAAUGUGGUGCAGGGCGGACAAGAGACGGGUUCUCUGCUGUGUCAUCAUCCAUCUGUAGCGAAAGUCUCCUUCACAGGAAGUGUGCCCACAGGCAAGAAAAUAAUGGAAAUGGCCUCCCGAGGGGUUAAACCAGUGACACUGGAGCUCGGCGGUAAAUCUCCACUGAUCAUCUUUGAGGACUCUGACCUAGAAAACGCUGUUAGAGGAGCACUCAUGGCCAACUUCCUGUCUCAAGGCCAGGUGUGCAGUAAUGGCACCAGAGUUUUCGUGCAAAGCUCAAUUCUUCCUCAGUUCUUGAAAGAGGUGCUCAAGAGAACUAAAGCCAUCCAGAUAGGAGACCCUCUGUUGGAUGAGACCCGUAUGGGAGCUCUAGUCAGCAAACCACACCUGGACAAGGUGCUGGGAUAUGUGAAGCAAGCUAAGAAUGAGGGAGCCAGAGUGCUCUGUGGAGGGGAGCCCUUCACCCCAGCAGAUCCUAAACUAAAAGAUGGAUACUACAUGACACCAUGUGUGCUCGACAACUGCACAGAUGACAUGACGUGUGUCCGAGAGGAAAUCUUUGGGCCUGUGAUGUCAGUACUGUCCUUUGAUACAGAGGACGAGGUUCUUCGGAGAGCCAAUGACAGCGCUCUGGGUCUGGCUGCAGGAGUCUUUACUAAAGAUGUUAAGAGAGCCCACCGUGUUAUAGAAAACCUACAGGCUGGAUCUUGCUUCAUCAACAACUACAAUAUCACCCCUGUGGAGGUGCCGUUUGGAGGAUACAAGGCCUCAGGUAUUGGAAGAGAAAAUGGCCAGGUGACCAUUGAAUUUUACUCUCAGUUGAAGACUGUGGUGGUGGAGAUGGGUGAUGUGGACAGUCUUUUCUGAACACGAGCCAGGCGUAUUCUGGUUGCAGAUUAAUAAUUGGAUCUUACAGCAAGAUCUCAAAGUGGAAUUACUCACAUGUCCUUAAGACUGAUACACACAGUUCUAGAAAUGUAUUAAUGUUUACCACUAACGGACCAUGUUUAGCCUGCUAACAUAAUUUCUGUCAAGUAAUGACAGCUGUCUGUGAAUAUUUCACAAUCAAGUGCCUGUACUGUAGGAUGGUACGAUUCUUAAAGGAGAUGUCCACUUCCAGAACAAAAAUUUACAGAUAAUGUACUCACCCCCUUGUCAUUCAAGAUGUUCAUGUCUUUCUUUCUUCAAAUUAUGUUUUUUGAGGGAAACAUUUCAGGAUUUUUCUCCAUAUAAUGGACUGAUAUGGUGCCCCAAUUUUGAACUUCCAAAAUGCAGUUUAAAUGCGACUUCAAACGAUUACAAAUACGGUUGUAAAUGAUCCCAGCCGAGGAAGAAGGGUCUUAUCUAGCAUAAUGAUCGGUUAUUUUAAUAAAAAUAAUAAAAUUUAUAUACGUUUUAAUGUCAAAGGCUCCUCUUGUCUUUCUCUGCCUGGACUGUUUUUGUUCUGGUUCAUGACAGUUAGGAUAUGUCAAAAAACUUCCAUCUCAUGUUCUCCCUCAACUUCAAAAUCGUCCUAUAUCACUGUUUUACCUUUUUUGUUAAGGGUGUUUGAUCUUCUUUGCAUGUUCACUUUGCAAAGACUGGGUUGGAACUUCUGCAGCGAUGUAGGAUGAUUUUGAAAUGAUUUUUGAAGUUGAGGUAGAAAAUACAAUUGGAGUUUUUCAACAUACCCUAAAUGUCUUGAGCCAGAAUAAACCGAGUUCAGAGAGAAAGACAAGACGAGCAUUUUAGAAUAAAAAGUAUUUAAAUUGUAAUUAUUUUUAUAAAAAUAACUGAUCGUUUCACUAGAUAAGACCCUUCUUCCUCGGCUAGGAUCAUUUACAACUGCAUUUGGGAUCGUUUUUAACCUGUACUUUGGAAGUUCAAAAUCGGGGCACCAUAUCAGUCCAUUAUACAGACAAAAAUGCUGAAAUGUUUUCUUUAAAAAACAUAUUUUCUUUACGACUGAAGAAAGAAAGACAUGAACAUCUUGGAUGAUAAUUGGGUGAGUACAUUAUAUGUGAAUCUUUGUUUUGGAAGUGGACUUCUCCUUAACGAACAUAAGACUGUAAACAGCAUUAAUUUAAAGAAACUCUCAUUAUAUGUGAUUAUUAAAAGCUCUAAUGUGAUAUUUUGGUUAAUGUGCCUGUGUGUCAGACAAUGCCUGUGCUGUGAAUAUAUGCUUUAUCUUGUGUUUGAGGAAAUACUAUGCAUGUAAUCUUUUUAAACUAAUGACAAAAAGCGAUUCAUCAUUGUAAUGAAAAAGCUUGUGUAUAAUGAAGGAGUGCCUCAUGUAA